AUGCCGCUGCAUCAUCAGCUGCGGAGCCCCUUGGUGCUCAUUUUCGCGGCGUUCUUCGCAAAAUUGCCUGAAACGCGUCAUUUCGUGCUUCCCGACCAGCGGCAAAUCGCGUACGGCAUAUAUGGCGCGCAUAACGCGACAUCCACCGUGUUUUAUUUCCACGGCAGCCCGUCGUCUCACCACGAAGCCUUCGUCUUGUCAGGCGCGGGGCGGCGCCAUGGCAUCCGCAUCAUCGCCCCAUCUCGACCGGGCAGCGGUGGUUCCACGUUCCGCGACAACGGCGCAAUCCUCGACUAUCCCGACGACAUUCUAGCACUGGCGGACUACCUUAACGUCACGCAGUUCGGCAUUAUAGCCGUUUCAGGCGGUACUCCGUAUGGAUUUGCCUGUUUGCGACGGAUCCCACCGACGCGUAUUCAGGGAUUCGGGGUAGUCGCUGGUCUCUACCCGGUCACGAGUCUCGGCACAGAGGGGAUGAAGUGGCCUUCCAGGAUAAUGUUGAAAGUAGCCACAUGGUUCCCAGGACUUGUGGCUUGGGUUAUCGACAAGCAGUUCGGGUCAGUGGCGCGGGACGAAGAUGAAUCAAAGUUGGAAGCCCUCCUGGAAGCCGACAUGAAGCAGGAUUCAACACCAGAGAGCGAGAGGCUCGCGUGGGAAGCCGCGAGCCCGGAGAUUCGGAAGGCUGUUGUCAUGAGUGUGCGGGAAGGAGUCAGGUAUGGUGGGUGGGGACCGGCUUGGGAGAUGAAGUUGUUGGGCAGUGACUGGGGGUUUGAGCUGGAUGACGUCCGACCAGACGAAGAUAAUGAACUUGUCAUGUGGCAUGGGGAUUUGGACACCAACGUCCCUCUCACAAUGGCGCAGAAGGCCGCUGCGAGGCUUGGUAUUCACGCCGAGCUGAGGGUGAUUCCUGAUCAAGGGCAUGGUAGCCUCACCUUCCAAAAGGCUGAUGAAAUUGUGGGGGCUAUGAAGGGCAUGGCGUGGAGGAGUUGA